UGCGCGAGGGGGGGUGGGACAAGAAGCGCGGCAGCGUCGUCGGCGUCGGAAUCGUCGGAUAGAUCGGGCGGAACGGUGUGUGUGUGUUCCUGGCGCAGAGGUUUGAGGUUGAGGUUUCUCUCGUCGACGUUCUCCGGUUGAGGGACAAAGGCGGUGCGGUGCGCUUCACGAACGGACACGAAGGCGGGGGACGGUUGCGGGGUCGCGGAUAGGGUACAUUGUACAAUUACAUUACGAGGGGCUGCGUUCGCGCGGGGUGCUGCUGCGCGCGGUGGUGGUGGCGGUCGAACAGGGGAGUAGCGGAGAGGAGGAGAAGGCGGAGAGUGGUGGGGGCGACGUGUGGUGUGGCUGUGGCGGCAGAGUGUGAGGUUGGUCGGUGCGCGUCCGUGGCUGGGGUAUCCGUCUUACGUGCUGGGGUCGUCGCCGUCGGCGCCGAGGUGCAUCCGAGAUCCGGCGAGCCGUGUGCGCGGCGCGGUGACAAGCGCGGUCGUGAGAAACGGCGAGGAGACCGAGAGAACGCGAGAGAGAGAGAUUGAGUGAGAGAGAGUGAGAAAGAGAGGUAGAGCGAGGGCGACAGGGAGUGAAAAGAGGGAAGGGUGAGAGGGAGAGAGAGAAAGAGUGAGAGAGAGAGAGAGGGAAAGAGUGGUGAGGGCACAAUCAGGGGAAAUAAUCGACGGCACAUAAUCCGACGUCUCCGUGAACACGUCCGUCAAGUCCUCCGAUGUCUAGUGCUGAGGUGGCGGAGAGCUCCGUUGAUCCCCCAGCCAAGAAGCGACGCGUUGGUGCUGCCAGCACGACGGGAGGAGCCGACGACGAGCUGACGACGACGAACGUGGCGGAGAUGGACGUAGACAUGGCGAAGAACGGCUCCACGAGCACCGGCGGUGGUAGCGGUAGCGGUAGCGCCGGCGGUGGACGGACGCCCGCCGAGAUCGAUGAGGGUCUCUACUCGCGGCAGCUCUACGUCCUCGGACACGACGCCAUGCGGCGCAUGGCGUCCUCGGACGUGCUCGUCUCCGGCCUCGGCGGCCUCGGCGUCGAGAUCGCCAAGAAUAUCAUCCUCGGCGGCGUCAAGUCCGUCACCCUGCACGAUCACGCCGUAUGCAAACUGGCCGAUCUCGGCUCGCAGUUCUAUCUCACCGAGCUGGACGUAGGUAAGAAUCGUGCGGCGGCAUGCUGUCAACGCUUGUCAGAGCUGAACAAUUACGUGCCUACUCGUCACUACUCCGGUCCGCUAACCGAGGCAUACAUCCAACAAUUCAAAGUCGUGGUACUGACAGAAACACCACUGGCCGAGCAGCUGCGCAUCUCGCAGAUCACUCGCGCCAACGACAUCGCCCUGAUACUCGCCGACACCCGCGGCCUCUUCUCGCAGGUGUUCUGCGACUUUGGCGAGUCGUUCACGGUAGUGGACACGAAUGGCGAGCCGCCGGUGAGCGCAAUGGUCGCCAGCAUCUCCCGUGACAGCGAGGGCGUUGUCACGUGCUUAGAUGACACUCGCCAUGGCAUGGAGGACGGUGACUAUGUGACUUUCUCCGAGGUGCAGGGCAUGACCGAACUAAACGGGUGUGAGCCGAUGAAGAUCAAAGUGCUGGGACCAUAUACUUUCAGCAUUGACGACACUUCCAGGUUCUCCGAGUAUGUGCGCAGUGGUAUCGUGACCCAGGUAAAGAUGCCCAAAAUUUUGCACUUCGCGCCGUUACAAACAGCUUUGAAGAAACCCGAGUUUCUCGUCACGGACUUUGGCAAAUUCGACUAUCCGGAACAGCUACAUCUGGCCUUCCUGGCGCUGCAUCAAUACAUGGCCGAUAGAGGCACAUUGCCGCGAUCAUGGAACCAGUCUGAUGCCGACGAGUUUAUCGCCAUCGCUGAACAGGUCAAGGACAGCUACGGAUUUGACAUCGAGAUUAACGGCGAAUUGCUACGCACGUUCGCCAAGGUAUCCGCCGGCGACUUGAAUCCCAUGAACGCCACGAUCGGCGGGAUUGUUGCCCAGGAGGUGAUGAAAGCCUGCUCCGGCAAGUUCCACCCCAUCUAUCAAUGGUUGUACUUCGACGCCAUCGAAUGCCUGCCCGUCGACCGUUCGGAGCUUACCGAGGAAGAUUGCUGUCCUACGGGAUCCCGUUACGAUUCUCAGGUGGCUGUUUUCGGCAAGAAAUUCCAGUCUAAGAUCGGCAACUUGAAAUACUUUGUGGUCGGUGCCGGUGCAAUCGGUUGUGAAUUAUUGAAGAACUUUGCGAUGAUCGGCGUUGGCGCGGAGAACGGUUGUGUCACGGUGACGGACAUGGACUUGAUCGAGAAGUCCAACUUAAAUCGACAGUUUCUAUUCAGACCGUCGGACGUGCAGCAAUCCAAGUCGUCGACGGCGGCCAGAGUCAUCAAGGGCAUGAAUCCUGACAUGAAAGUGGUUGCGCACGAGAAUCGGGUAUGCCCAGAAACAGAAAAGAUCUACAACGACGAUUUCUUCGAGGUGCUGGACGGCGUGGCGAACGCGCUCGAUAAUGUAAACGCUCGUAUUUACAUGGAUCGUCGUUGCGUAUAUUAUCGUAAACCCCUAUUGGAAUCCGGUACGCUCGGCACUAAGGGCAACACCCAGGUGGUGGUGCCGUUCCUCACUGAAUCGUACAGUUCGUCGCAGGACCCGCCGGAGAAGAGCAUUCCUAUCUGUACGCUCAAGAACUUCCCCAACGCCAUCGAGCAUACUCUGCAAUGGGCACGCGACAAUUUCGAAGGCCUAUUUCGCCAGUCGGCGGAGAACGCGGCGCAGUACAUUUCCGAUCCGCAGUUUGUCGAUCGGACGCUCAAGCUGCCCGGUGUGCAGCCUCUCGAGGUGUUGGAGUCCGUCAAAACGGCGCUGGUCGACGAGAGACCGAACAACUUCGCCGAUUGCGCGGCAUGGGCCCGUUGCCACUGGCAGGAACAAUACAGCAAUCAAAUCCGCCAGCUGUUGUUCAACUUUCCACCGGAUCAGGUGACCUCGAGCGGUCAGCCCUUCUGGUCCGGCCCGAAACGCUGCCCGGACCCAUUAAACUUCGACGUUAAUGAUCCUCUACAUAUGGAUUACAUCGUUGCCGCUGCCAAUCUCAAGGCCAAAGUUUACGGAAUACCCACAAAUCGCGAUAGAGAGGAGAUCGCCAGGCUCGUUGCCAACAUCAAAGUACCAGAAUUCACACCCAAAUCCGGCGUGAAGAUCGCCGAAACGGACUCACAGGUGCAAGUGUCAAACGGCAGCGGUAACAUCGACCACGAACGAUUGUCGCAGCUGCAGGAAGAGCUGCCGAAGAUGGAGGAACUGAACGGCCUGGCGAUUCACCCACAGGAAUUCGAAAAGGACGACGACACCAACUUCCACAUAGACUUCAUUGUCGCGGCGUCGAAUUUGCGCGCUACCAACUACAAGAUCUCGCCGGCGGAUCGGCACAAGAGCAAGCUCAUCGCCGGCAAGAUAAUCCCGGCGAUCGCCACCACCACCUCCGUGGUAGCCGGUCUCGUCUGUCUGGAACUGUACAAGCUGACGCGCGGCGUGCGCGACUUGUCGCUAUACAAGAACGGUUUCGUGAACCUGGCGCUACCGUUCUUCGGUUUCAGCGAACCGAUCGCCGCCCCCAAGCUCAAGUACUAUGACAUCGAGUGGACAUUGUGGGACCGUUUCGAAGUAAAGGGCGAAUUGACGUUGAAGGAAUUCCUCGACUACUUCAAAGAACGCCACAAUCUGGAGGUGACAAUGUUGUCGCAAGGUAUCUGCAUGCUGUACUCGUUCUUCAUGGCGAAACCCAAGUGUCAGGAGCGCAUGGGCCUGCUCAUGUCGGAAGUGGUGAAGAAGGUGUCGAAGAAGAAGCUGGAGCCGCACGUGCGCGCCCUCGUGUUCGAGUUGUGCUGCAACGACGAGGACGGGAACGACGUCGAGGUGCCGUACGUGCGCUACACCCUACCCUGACUCGCCCGCGCGGCCCCCGAUCGCGCUAGAUGAUGUCUACUUAACUGAGACACUUAGCCGUACAUAGUGAUUUCUACAAAUUUCUAUUUUACGACGAUGUAAUACAUACAGGAGACAUUACUGUUGCUGAUCAUCCUCGUCUAUGAAUGUCUGUGUGAGGCACUCUUUCUUUCUACAUGUAUACAGAUUUUGUCUCUGUUUUUAUCUUUCUUUUUUUUUUUUUUGCCAUCAGAGAUGCGAAUUCUCACGCGUUACUACCGCCAGCGCUUAGUAGUGAUUUUGAGCAGCGAGUGCGCGCGGCAGCGAGGUCGGAUCCUUUAUUUCGUUUAGGGAAUGAGAUUCGUAUGCGAAUUUGGUCUCCAGGUUUUCCCGAUCGCUACGAACGUGCCGGAUUAUGAUAUCAGAAGCGAAAAGUAUAUUUUCACUAUUCGAAUCGUCAUUCUCUCGCUCAAACAAAUACCGAGUUGUGUCCAAUUUCCUCAUUUUUUUUCAACAUUUUAUAAUCAAAUUUUUUUUCCUUUUAAUUGACGAUCUAUAAUAAAAAACAAAUUAAAAAAAACAAAUUCUCGAUGUAUCGUGGACUUGCUAUUGUAAUCAAAUAAAUCAACGAGUUGUAGAUUCUAAAAUCUGCAAUCGUAUGUGUAUGUGUGUGUGCGCGUGUGCAAAUUUCUCUUCGAAUUUAUAUUUCGAUAAUAUACAAACAAUAUAUCGAAAAUAGAUCAGUUUCUCACCCGUCUGAUGUCAUAAUCCGAUCUGUACGAUCCGCAGCGACGAGAUCCCGAGAUACGAAGUCUCGCAUAAAUAUUCAAUUCUCGUCUUUCUCUCAGCUGUACUGUUAUUUCGACCUGUUUGCUCGCGAUGCGUCCCCAACGCGACAGCGAUGUAAUUGGGAAGAAAGGAAGAGGUGAAAAUAGGAAGCGAAUGCCAAAUUUCUACGACGAAGAAGGAGAAGGAGGAAGAGGAGAAUAUACCUUCGAUGAGAUCGUGACUCUCUUUCGGCUGUUCCGCAGAAUCCGAUGUAAAUCAAACUGGAGAGAUGAAGCUCUGUGUUGUCAUUUUCUCUUGAGUUUCCUUAGAUAUAUUAUUAAACGUAAUCCCGUAGAAAGAUAUAUUAAUAAUUAAUAGCGCCGCGCAUUGUUACGUCUCGUUUCUUUCUCCUUUUCUUCGUUUUCCGCGCAAGUAAUCAUCUCGAUGGGAAUGAAGGAGCAGCUGCGUGACCACUGGUCCUUGGAUAUACGUAUUUCUUUCCUCAUCUACCUUCUUUUCCAACGUUCUUACGAAAGAUUUGAUACGCGUUAUAAGGGCUUAUAUAAUCGGUACGAUUACGUUGUUCACCUGAUUUAUCCGCUUCGCAACGUCUUUCUCGAAUAAUAAUGGUAAUAUAAUAGUAAAUAGCAGUAGUAGAGUAGUUUAGUACUAAUAAUAAUAAUAAUGAAUAAACUAUUGGCUAAGGCUGGUUGUUACGACGUAUACACUGCAUUUAAAUUUAUAAAAAACAUGUCUUUGGAAGAAAGAGAAGCUUCUUAAAAAAAGAGAGAAAGGGAAAAAGAAGAAAAUAAUAAAAAUUGCGUACACUUUAGACCAAAAGGGAGAUAAACAAACAUAAAAGGAAAGAUAUUUUGUUAAUUUUAGGAUAUAAUGCGGAUAUUUAUUAUAUAUAUAAAUAUAUCAUUUUUCGUCGAUAGACAAUUAAAUAGAUGUGUUUGGAUUUCAAGAAGUAUGAAAUAAUAACGAGAAUAAAAUGGGAUGUGUACGCCUC